CAAGAGGUAAACGCGCGAAAAGAAAUUCGAAAUUCUACAUUCUCCAUUCUCUGCAUUCGAUAUUCGCGGAACCAACGGAACCGUUGCAUUCGAACGGCAAACAAAGCGCGGGCGGCAAACAAAAAACCCACAAAAAAGGCAUUGCGAAUACGAUUCGUUUACGGUUUAUUUAUUUUUUGAGCGUGUGUGAUCGAAAUUGAGAAGAAAGUGCAGAAAGAAUGGCGUUCAUGAUGCCGGUUAUGAAGAACAAUUAUGAUAUCUACAAGGACACGCGCUCACGCAAGACCUCCGAGUGCUCCAAUGCGAGUAGUAACGGGACCACGGCCGUGGGCACUGCCUUGGGCACACCCACAACAGCCACCGGCAACCAGCAGCAACAGCAGCGACGCCGCAAGGUGUCCGAAUGCAAGUCCGAAAGUUUUGCCACCUCCCCCUCACACGGCCAGCUGGGUGGUGGCGGCAAUGGUGGCCACCGCAUGCAGAUGCAGCGGUGCCAGAGCUCACGCACUUUCCCGCGAAACGCAUCGCGGAGCUCGAACGGCUCCAUGAUGCUGAUUAUGUCCCCAACGCGGUCCAGCCCCCUCAGCCGCACGCAAACGGCCUCGGCCCUGGAGCGCCAGGCGGCGGCGACGGCUCAAAGUCAGAAUCAGAAUCAGCAGAGCUGCAAGCAGAGCAACGGAAACGGCAGCGAUGUGAAUGCGACAUCGACCGCCAGUAACGAUUAUACCAAAUUCCACUUGCGUCUUGUUGACAAGCUCCGCAAAUCCUUCCGCAAGGACAGCGGCAAGCGCUCUUGAGAGCGGGCCCAUCAGCAGCAGCAGAACAGCAAUAUCAGCAACAACAACAACUACAGUGCCAGCGACAGAGCUGUACAUCGCCCCAGCCACAACAACAACAACAACGAGAACCACAACUGGGAGGAAAUAGAAGCAGCAGAAGGCGAAGAAGGGGAAAGAGCAGAAGUACCUGUGAGAGGGGGAGGGAUGAUCAGUCGAAUGGGGCGACGCUUCAGGCGCUACUAUCAAUUCUUCUCCCACGCCAGCGUCGUGCCGCCGCAGCUGGCGUUGGCGCUGGAGCUGGACAGAGAAGCCACCAGCAGCUCUGUCGAGCAGCUAACAGGCGGCAGCAGCAGUCCCUACCGUCGACGUAACCGUCGACGCAGCAGCAUCGGCAGCGCCAGUCGGCUAAAGAUGCGUGUGCGUCGCUCCACCUCCUCGCCAGACUAAGGAACGGGACCGCAGCAGCAUAGCGAAUGCAGCGAGGGUGACAAACAAAAAAGAGAAAGAGAAAAUGAAAAAGAUGAGUGGAGGAGACAGCCAGCGACCAGGCAGGCGAUUGAGUUAGUGGAUCGGCGAGAGACCCCCUCAAACCCGAUGCGAGUGAGUGAGUGGGUCGGCGAUAGUUGGCGGCGGUUGUUUUGCUGAAUAAUAUAAUAUAAAAUAAUAAUACAUUUUAAUAUUCACUUUUUUUUUUGUAUUCGGUGUACAAAUGAAAACUAUAACUAUAAAUUCAUUUUAAAUA